AUGUCGUCGUGCCUGAAAGAAGGUUCCCUCCUGGUCUUAUUUGCAGUGAUUUUCUUCUCUCUGAUCUGUACUUUGGCGGGGGAAAACCAUGGACCUGAAGUGACAAUUUCUCAGGGAAUCUUGCAAGGAAAGACAAUGACGACACGCUAUAAUCGACGUGUAUCAGCUUUUUUGGGGGUUCCUUACGCGCAACCACCGACUGGGAAUCGCCGAUUUGCAAAUCCAGUGGCAGCUGAUGGUUGGAAUGGGAUUCGAAAUGCAAGCGUCGAUUCGAAUAAAUGUCCUCAGGUCUCAGGCGACGAUGUAGUGGGGGAUGAAGAUUGCUUAUAUCUGAACAUCUACAAGCCGGAGCUUUCUGAAAAUACAACCUCACGACUACUCCCGGUGAUUGUGUACAUUCACGGCGGACAGUUUAUGAGCGGAAGCGAUGUUUCAUUGGUUUACGGCCCGGAAUACCUCCUCGACAAAGAUCUGAUUCUGGUAACCUUAAACUAUCGCCUAGGAGUGUUAGGAUAUUUGAGCACCGGUGACACGGUGGCUUCUGGAAAUUGGGGCUUGAAGGACCAGGUCCUCGCCCUAAAAUGGGUGCAGAGUAAUGUAAAGUACUUUGGCGGCGAUCCUGACGAGGUGACGUUGUUUGGUCAAAGUUCAGGUGCGGCUUCAGUUCAUCUUCUGACAAUGUCCGAUGCCACGAUUGGGCUCUUCCACAGAUACAUUACAGAUAGUGGAUCCGCCCUUGGGGCAUGGGCUUACAAACCAAGUGGCCUUUAUAGUGGCCGAGCAUUUGACCUUGGUAAAUAUGUUGGCUGUUCCAAUACAUCAACGGAUUCCCUGAUUGAAUGCUUGCGGACGGUCGAUUUCUUCGACAUCACAGCCUCUGAUCAGGAACUCUACCUUUGGCAAUCAUACCCGUCAAUUUUGUGGGUCCCAACUGAUGAGCCAGAUAUUGAUGGUGCCGUUCUUACUGAUAGUCCACAAAAUUUAAUUCGCGAUGGUCGGGUUCAAGAUUUGCCUUGGCUUUCAGGUGUUUGUCAAGAUGACGGAUUGGUUGAGUCUAUCGCUUUUUAUCAAAAUGAGACUCUGCUUGAUGACUUUCUGGCAAACUUUGACUGCGCCUUACCUUCUGUUUUAAACUGGAACCAUUUACCGGGUUGGGGAGCCGCUUGGGUUGAACCCAUCAAAUCAUACUAUUUCAACGAUUUCAAAGCCGACAAAAACGUGAUACUCGCAAACCUAACAGUCCUCCUGACUGAGAUUAUUUUUCACUAUCCGGCGUACGAUGCACUCCAACAGCAGUUCGCAACGAAUGUGAAUCCACAAUAUUUUUACAACUUCGAUUACCGUGGUGCACUCAGCAUGUCGUACGUGUAUAGCGGCACUACAGUGGACUACGGCGUGGCGCACGGUGAUGAUCUAAUACACCUCUUUCCACGGACGCAAACAUUUUCGAGUUUCAACGAAACUCGAAGUAAAGAAGAUUACGAAAUGGUGGACAUCAUGGUGGAAUUGUGGACGUCUUUUGCUAUCGAGGGGAAACCCACGACUUCGGCUUUUGGCAACGACACCAAUUGGGAACCGUUUUCAAUCACUAAGAACAACAACCUUCGCAUCGGAAAUAAAUCCGAUCUGACACUCACCGUUGAAUACUCCUAUUUUAAAGAACGCCUGCAGUUCUGGGAUGAAUUGUUCUCUAAAGUAAAGUUAUAA